AUGAGAGAGGGUAUAUCCACAGUAAGUAGGGGGUUCACCCACAGUAAGGAGAGAGGGCAUAACCACAGUUGGCAGGGGGGUUCACUCACAGCAAGGAGUGGGAGAUGGAGUACACCCACUGUGGGGAACACUUCUGUGAGGUCUGAUUGUACACACACUGUUGUUCUUGGAGAAAGACACAAUACUACUCCUGUUGAUGUCUCAUUUUUUAAUGAAACUAGUGCGACAUUAACUGAAACUGGUAUGUCUUUUGAAGAGGUUGGCAUGUCAGGUAGAUGUGUAAGCAGAGGUGGUGGCUUUCUUAGUGCUUCAACUACAACUGCUACUACUAUUGAGGCAGAUGUUCCUUUAGCCAGUGAUGUACUUGACAAUGACAAAGGAGUAGAUGAACAUUGUACUGACACAUCAGAUGAUGAUUACUUGGGAAGAGAAUCAGAUGAAAUAUCUGAUAGUACAAGUAACAAUGAAGAUGACUCAGGAUUUGAAGAUGAAGAAACUGAGGAAAUAAGAGAGCAGAAUAGCAGUGAAACAAAUACAGAAUGUGAGUCUGAAAAAGGGGAUGAAAUGUCUAACAGGCAGGGUGCUGUAGACCAACAGAUUGUAUUGAGUGUUGGUCAAGAUUUUAGAAAUGUUCACCAUUUUAGAGAGGUGUUGCAGGAAUAUGAAGUUCAAGAGAGUAUUCAAGUGUAUAAGAAGAAAAAUGAAAAGAAUAGAGUAACUGGAAUCUGUACUGGGAAAGGUUGCACAUGGAGGAUUCAUGCUUCACCUAACAGUGAUGGGAUCACCUUUGUGAUCAAGACAUUGAAUGCCAAUCACACUUGUCAGAGGUCUAGUUUCAAAAACAAGGGUGUAAGAGCAACAUGGAUAACAAAGAAAUUGGCUAUCAAUCUUAGGGCAGACCUAGAAAUGAGCAUCCAGACAAUGGAUGAGUUGUUGAAAGAACAAUAUGGUGUAACAGUUUAUCCAAGUAAACUCUACAGGGCUAAAUGGAUUGUGAAUGAGGAAACUGAUGGGAGCCAUGCAAGGGCAUACCAAAAGUUAGAAAGUUAUGAGUUUAUGGGAUGUAGGCCAUUCAUUGGCCUUGAUGAAUGUCAUCUAAAGGGAGUAUAUGGUGGAGUCUUGGUUUCAGCAAUUUCAAUUGAUGGGAACAAUGGAAUGUUUUCCCUUGCAUAUGGUGUGGUUAAAGGAGAGUGUAAAGACAGUUGGUUAUUCUUCCUACAUCACGUACUUGGAUGCAUUGGAUCAGUCACACCUACUGGGGAACCAUUUACAUUCAUGACAAACAAACAAAAAGGUCUUAUUGAAGCAAUUGGAAUCAAAUUCCCAGUUGCACAUCAUAGACACUGCAGCAGGCAUCUAUAUAAUAAUUUCAAGACACAGUUUGGUGGAGGGCCUGCAUUGAGGAGAUAUUUCUGGGAUGCAAGUAAAUCAUACAAUGCAUUUGGUUUUCAAAAGGCUAUGAAUGCCAUGAAAGAAGAGAAGGUAGCAGCAUAUGAGUGGAUGAUGAGGACUCCUGUCAGUAUGUGGGCAAGACAUGCAUAUGAUCACAAUGCCAAGAGUGAUCAUAUUACCAAUAAUAUGACAGAGUCAUUCAAUCAGUGGAUUGGAUCCUAUAGGAGCAAGUCUAUACUAACCUUAGUUGAUCAAAUUAGAUUGAAAUUGAUGGGAAGGUUUCAGAAAAGGUAUGUAAAGGGUUGCAGCAAUGAAGAUGUGUUAACUCCCAGAAUGAGACAGAAGCUUGAUAUAUUGCAGAAAGAUGUGAGGCAGUGUCAUCCAAUAUAUGCUAGAGCAGAUGAGUAUGAGGUGCAGGAUGGUCUGAAUAGCUAUGUGGUUAACUUGAAAAACAAGACAUGUCAAUGUGAUGUCUGGGUAGCAACUAGAUUGCCAUGUAAACAUGUUGGGUCAACUACUAAUUACUCCAGAGUAGGACUAGUGGAGUAUUGUGAUCCAUAUCUGACAACAGAGAGAUAUCUCAUGGCCAAUGGUGAAAUGAUUCACCCACUAUCUGAUGUCAAAACUUUAGCUGACACUGCACUGCUUCCUCCUGUGUUGAAAAGGUCAAUUGGUAGACCUAGUAAAAAUAGGAAGAGAGAAGCUAAUGAGCCACCUAAAGGAAAUAAGAAGAGGAGGAAGAACCCCACUAAUAUUUGUGACCACUGCAAAGAAUAUGGUUAUAACAGGAGAACAUGCAAGAGAGGUCCAGUUAAGGGUAAAGGAAAGAGGCCAGCUUCUUCUCAAAGCAGUGGUGUCAAGAGGAAAAACAUUCAUGAAGAGCCAACACUCUCUCAAAGGGUCACAAGGUCCUCUCAAAAUUCAACUACAAGCUUGACUGUAGAUGAACAAGAUAAAGCUUUGGUAGAAAGGGCAAAGAGGGCUGCCAGAGAAAAGGCAAGGAGAAUGCAAAAAGUAGUUGCUGUCAAGGCUAGGCUUGUUGUCAAGGAUGGAGUUGAUGUUGUCAAGGAGGAAAUGCUGUCAAGGAGGAGUUGCUGUCAUUGA